UAGGGAAAGAUCCCCGAACGAUGUCGAUGUUAGUAGAGUGUGUACCCAAUUUUUCUGAAGGCAACAACCGAGAGGUGAUCAAUGAGAUUGGCAAGUCCAUCUCCCAGACGGCCGGCUGCAAGCUCCUGGACGUGGAUGCCGGGCCUUCCACCAACCGAACCGUUUACACCUUCGUGGGGAGUCCUGCAGCGGUCAUUGAGGGCGCACUGAAUGCGGCCAGGACAGCUUUUCAGCUCAUCAACAUGGAAAACCACAAAGGUGAGCAUCCCCGGAUGGGAGCUCUGGAUGUUUGCCCCUUCAUUCCAGUGAGGAACGUCACCAUGGCGGAUUGCAUUCACUGUGCCAAUCUUUUUGGGAAGCGCUUGGCAGAUGAACUGCAUGUGCCUGUGUACCUCUACGGGGAAGCCGCUCUGAAGGAGAGUAGAAGGACUCUGCCAGCCAUCCGAGCAGGAGAAUAUGAAGCCCUCCCCAAGAAACUCAGAGAGGCAGAAUGGACUCCUGAUUUUGGCCCUGCAAACUUUGUUCCAAGAUGGGGAGCAACGGUAACAGGCGCCCGAAAAUUCCUCAUAGCGUACAACAUCAAUCUGCUGUGCACAAAGGAGCUGGCGCACCGGAUAGCCCUGAACAUCCGGGAACAGGGCCGUGGGAAGGACCAGCCUGGGCGACUACAGCAGGUGCAAGGUAUGGGCUGGUACUUGGAGGAGGAGAACAUGGCUCAAGUCUCCACCAACCUGUUGGACUUUGAAACCACCCCCCUCCACACAGUCUAUGAAGAGGUCUGCCAGGAUGCUCGGGAUAUGAACCUACCAGUGGUAGGAUCUCAGCUCGUGGGCCUGGUCCCCAAAAAGGCCAUACUGGACGCCGCCGAAUUUUAUAUUAACGAAGAAAAUCUCUUCAUUCUUGAGGAAGAUCACAAAAUCAGACUGGUCGCCAAUCGACUGGGGCUGGAUUCUUUGGGUCCGUUCAAUCCCAAGGAACGUAUAAUUGAGGAGAUGGUGCAGGAUGAGAAGGAAAGUGGCUGCCUGAUCUCUCUGCCUUUUCGUACCUUGGUGCAAAAAGUUGGGUCCCGCUCAGCGGCUCCUGGCGGAGGAUCCGUCUCAGCAGCAGUGUCUUCCCUGGGGGCAGCGCUGGGCUGCAUGGUCGGAUUGAUGACCUACGGAAAGCGUCAGUUUGAAGAACUGGACCCAGUCAUGAGACAGUUAAUACCUCCUUUCCAUCAGGCCAUGAAUGAGCUGGUGUCCAUGGUGGACGAAGACUCCAUGGCUUUCAGCAGCUACAUGGAUGCUAUGAAACUUCCCAAGAGCACACCUGAGGAGAAAGAAAGGCGCACAGCAGCCAUGCAACUGGGCCUGAAAAAGGCAGUUGGCGUCCCUUUCUCACUGGCAGAAAAAGUUCAUUCCUUAUGGCCUUUCCUAAAAGAAAUGGCUGGUCAUGGAAAUAUGGCCUGCAAAUCGGACCUUCAGGUGGCAACGAAAGCUCUAGAAGCCGGUCUGUUUGGUGCCUCUUUCAAUGUCAUCACCAACCUGAAGGAUAUAACGGAUGAAGACUUUAAGCACCGGGUGCAGGUGAAACUCUCCCAUUUCGUGGAGGAGGCCAAGGAAAGUGCAGCAUUUGUACUGGAGCUGCUGGAGAAACGCACAAUGUGA